AUGUCGACUUUGCAAGGUCCUUCAGGAGUUGGACAUGGUGGCAACAACAAAUCUCUGUUGCUAUCUACGGGUUCAUUUGUCGAGGCGACGCCUCUUACCGAGGAUGAAAUUGCCCGAAUGGAGAAAUCUCUCAUACGAAGAGUAGAUUGGAGGAUGUUACCACUUCUCGGGACUCUUUCUGCUCUUUCUUUGGUUGACCGAUCAAACCUUGGACUUGCGCGUAUAGUCGGGAUGGACCAUGCCCUUCAUCUCAGUGUUGGAGCAAGAUAUAGUAUCGUGACUUUGAUAUAUUUCAUUCCAUACAUCGCACUUCAACUGCCGAGUAAUGUAUUUUUGCGCAGAUUGGGCGCUAUCAACUGGCUCGCGUUUUUGGUUGUUUCUUGGGGUUUGGUACAGUUGAGCAUGGGGUUUGUUCCUACCUGGGGAUAUCUGGCCCUCUGCAGAGUUUUACUUGGCGCCUUUGAGGCGGGAUUUUUCCCAGCAAUGGUUUACAUAAUUACAACAUGGUAUACUCGGCACGAAGUGCAGACAAGGAUUGCAGCUUUCUAUAUAGUAGGUGUUGUCGUCGGCGGAUUCAGCGCUAUCUUCGCAUAUGUUUUAAGUUUGCUGAGGGGAAGACUGGGUGUUUCUGGAUGGGCAUGGAUUUUUAUUAUUGAAGGUGCAAUCACCGUCGCAUUUGGCAUCAUCGCAUGGUUCUUUCUUCCUGGGUUCCCUGAUCAGAAUACUUUCUUGAAUGAGGAAGAAACAGCGUUCAUCUUGCAGAGGGUCGAGAAAGACCGAGGUGAUUCCAUGCCCGAUAUUUUAACCAAAGACAAAAUUGUUCUUCAUUUACUGGACUGGACAAUAUGGGCUUACGGUAUCAUGUAUAUGUGUGCUACCCUACCUGCCUACGCGAUUAGUUUCUUCGUCACAAACAUUCUCCGUGGGAUGGGGUGGAGCAUUACUGCGUCGCUCCUUUUGAGUGCACCCCCAUAUUUAUUUGCGGCUCUUAGCAUUCUCUUGUUCGCAUGGGUUUCAGACAAAUACCGUCAACGGGCAGUAUUGAUAGCAAUUCAAAGUGUUAUCACGAUAAUUGGCCUCGUAUUGACAGCGUAUACCAAGCAGGCUGGCUGGCGAUACGCAGGUUAG